AGAAACCAUGUCAGAGUUACAAGAGUUAUGUCACACAGCAGGACUUGAAGUAUUGGCAACGACAUAUCAGAGACUGGAAACUCCCAAUCCCGUAACUUUUGUGGGCUCUGGAAAGGUUAGUGAAAUUAGAAGCCUACUAGUUUGCUAUGAAUGCAAUACUGUGGUAUUUGACUGUGAGCUUUCACCUUCACAACAGAAGAAUUUGGAGCGCAAAUUAGCAAAAGACAAGCAAGUAGUCAAUGUUUUGGAUAGAACUGCGUUGAUUUUGGAUAUCUUUGCACAGCAUGCAAAGACGAGAGAGGGAAAACUUCAAGUGGAGUUAGCCUUGAAUCAGUAUCGUCUACCUAGACUCACAAGGUUGUGGACCCAUCUAGAAAGACAGUCGGGUGCUGGUGGUGUUGGACUCCGUGGCCCAGGAGAGACUCAGAUCGAAUCCGAUAGACGACUACUUAGUAGCCGUAUUUCACAGCUUAAAGGUGAGUUGGAAGACGUUCGUUCGCACCGAGCGAGGCAACGAAAGAAAAGAAGGCAAUUUGAAGUUCCUGUAGUUUCUCUUGUGGGAUAUACCAAUGCCGGAAAGAGUACAUUGUUAAAUGCUUUAACCAAUGCUGGAGUUUUGGUACAAGAUAGUUUAUUUGCCACUUUAGACCCAACUACUCGUAGAUGUCGAUUACCUGGACUUCAUGUUCAUCCAGACAUUCUUAUGACAGAUACUGUUGGCUUUAUUCAGAAGCUUCCCACUACUCUAGUCGCUGCAUUUCGCGCCACAUUAGAAGAAAUAGCUGCUGCGGAUAUUCUCUUACAUGUGGUAGAUAUAUCAUCUCCUUCUUCUGAGUCCCAACAGAAAGCUGUAAUGGAAGUUUUACGAGAGAUUGGUGCAGCUGAAAAGAGUAUGAUAACUGUUUGGAACAAAAUUGACCGUUUUCAAGGCAACACCGGUUCUAUCCGUUUGAAGGCUGCUCAGAUAGAUAAACAUGUCGCUGUUUCGGCAGCUACUGGUGAAGGUCUUCAAGACCUUGUAUAUAUUCUAGGAGAAACCCUUAGUUCUUUACUAGUACCAAUUGAAGCUUUAAUACCGUACAAUAGAUGUGAUCUAUUGCCUCGUAUUCAUCAGUAUAGCAUUUUGGAUGUUGAAGACUAUAGACCAGAUGGCAUAUAUAUUCUUGGUCGCUCAACUGAUAAUGUUGCUUUACUUCUUGCAGAAUAUCGUGUUACGGAGGAUCAAGAGUCUUUAUACUUUGUUCCUGUGCAUUCCAACGAUAAGAACAACAUCGAUAUGAGGCAACUUGAAGACGAAAAAGAAUGGAAAAGAUUAGCAAAGGGACGUCAUCAUCAAGGAGCGUCUGGAAAUACAACAUAUUCUUUGUAAAUUCCAAAUACUUGAGAGUCAAUAAAUUACUAUACGUGUUG